AAUCGUCGCGGCGAACGCGAACACAGUGCAAAAAGCUAGUUUUGCGGCAUCGCAUUUGACAAAACAACUCGUGUGAAUUCGCUAUUUUGCGCUAGCUAGCUCAUCAACCUGUUCGCGUUCGCUACAACAGCUGUUCUCCGUUAGUUUGUCCGCGAACGUAGGUUGGAGAGUGCGCGUCAAUUUUUCGCGCGUAGUGAAAGAAAAUAUAUUGAAAGCAAAGCUUACUUUAGAAUAAAAGUGCAAAUAAUAAAUACAAAAUAUAAAGGAAGUGAUUGCAAAACAAAAACAAAACAAAAACAAUGGCGUUCUUAUCGCUCUGGAUACCAGUGUAUCUCUUCAUUGCCGCUGCGUCGCUACUCUUUGUGUGGUGGCGCAAGGGGCUCAACUAUUGGGCGGAGCGUGGUGUGGUGUAUGACAAACCCUCGCUGCUCUAUGGCAAUAUGCGCGGUGUGGGGCGUACACAAACGCUACGUGACCCCUUUCAGAAGUUCUAUCAGAAAUAUAAAGAUGUAGCGCCAUUCGGCGGUUUCUAUUUGUCGCUACGUAUUGCCGUCGUGCUCUUCGAUUUGGAUUUGAUCAGGAAUGUGUUGGUGAAAGAUUUUGCGAAUUUCACCAAUCGCGGUGGCUACUAUAAUGUGAAAGAUGAUCCGAUUUCGGGACAUGUCUUCAAUUUGGACGGCACCAGUUGGCGGCACAUGCGCGCUAAACUCACGCCCACCUUUACAUCGGCCAAAAUGAAAUAUAUGUUUCCGACAGUCGUCGCAGUAGCCAAAGAGUUCGUUAAGGUAAUGCAGCAGGAGACGACAGCGCUCGCAACGACAGACGCAUCAAAGCAAGGCAUUGAAAUAAGAGAUCUGUUGGCGCGCUUCACCACCGAUGUGAUCGGCAGUUGCGCCUUCGGGCUCGAGUGCAAUAGCCUGCACGAACCGAAUACGGAGUUUCGUGUGAUGGGCAAGAAAAUCUUCUCCCAACGGCGGCAUGGACGUUUCGUCUUCGCUUUCGCACAGGCUUAUCCAAAUUUGGCGCGCAAGUUGGGUAUCAAAAUGACACCCAACGAUGUGAGUGAAUUCUUCCGCAAAGUAGUACACGACACGAUCACAUAUCGCGAGCAGACUGGCAUACAGCGUAACGAUUUUCUCAAUCUACUGCUGGAGCUGAAGAAACAAGAGAAUGGCUUGAGUUUGGAUCAAAUCGCUGCGCAGUCGUUUGUGUUCUUUAUCGCCGGUUUCGAGACGAGUUCGAGCACAAUGAGUUUUGCACUCUACGAGCUGGCGUUGCAUGCGGAAAUACAAGAGAAAGCGCGCGCUGAGAUUGAGUCCGUGUUGGCGCGUUACGACGGCGAGAUAACAUAUGAGGGUGUGCGUGAGAUGCAGUAUUUGUACCAGAUAUUUUGCGAAACUCUCCGCAAAUACUCGAUUGCCACGAUUACUAUGCGCAAAACAAUGAACGAUUAUCAUGUGCCGAAUACAAAGCAUGUAAUCGAGAAGGGUGUCAUCGUCGUUAUACCCAUCGAUGCUAUACAUCGCGAUCCCGCAAUCUAUCCCGAUCCGGAACGUUUUGAUCCCACACGCUUCGAACCCGAAGCAAUAGCCAAGCGUCAUCCCAUGACUUGGCUGCCAUUCGGCGAGGGUCCACGCAAUUGUAUUGGCCUGCGUUUCGGUAAAAUGCAGGCAAUGGUCGGCCUGGCCUUACUACUGAAGAAUUUCAAAUUUACACUGGCUCCCCAAACGCAAGUGCCGCUCGAGAUGAAAAUGGAUAGCUUUGUAUUGAACAGCAAAGAUGGCAUUCAUUUGCUUGUGGAGCCGAUUGCUAGCUCGUAAUUCAAUAGUAUUUUAUUUGUUGUAUUUAAUUUUUAGUAUUAAUAAAUGUUUAAUAAUUAAUAUUCACAAA